UUUCCGCGACAUCUAGCGAAUUGUUUGAUAGCUGAUAAAACAAAACAUAGGAGGGUGUUGUUUUGACAGGGCGAUCCGCCUACACGUUUUUUUUUUAUUAUUAUUAUUUUUCCGCUUCCCGGUCAUAAAACUUUCUCCAACUAUAUAUAGUCGUGAUUGGUUUUCUCAAGAUAUCUGACAGCCUUAGAAUUCGUCGCUGUGAUGUUUUAAUUCCUACAAACUGCAAUUAAUCAAAUACUAUUUAAUAUCAUGGAAACCAUCCCACUCUCUCCAACCCACAAAAAACCAAGAUUUGGGAACUGUUGUUCUGGCCAACAAAAUGAUGGGCUAAGAGUGAUUAUCUUUUGCUUUGGAGUUCUAUGCAUCUGUGUCACAAUUGCAUUAGUUAUAAGCAUCUAUCUAGGAGAUCCUGAGAUACUGCCACGAGGUGCAGUUGCAACAGACAGCCAGCAAUGCUCUCAAAUCGGUGUUGAUACCCUUCAAAAAGGGGGUAAUGCAAUCGAUGCAGCAGUUGCAGCAAUGUUCUGCAUGUGUGUCGUCAAUCCUCACAUCACUUCACUUGGAGGUGGUGGAGCUAUGAUUAUACUCAACCACCUGACUUCAAAGCCACCAAUGGUCAUCAACUUUCAAGACGCAGCCCCCGGACCAGUGAAUGCGUCUUUGAUCGUCAACGGCCAAGGACCCUUGGCUGUGGGAAUCCCCGGGCUGUUGAGUGGCCUGUGGAAGAGUCAUCAGAAAUUUGGCAAACUGAAGUGGGCGGAUCUUUUACAACCCUCCAUCCAGUUGAGUAAUCUCGGGAUUAACGUGUCAUCUCAGCUAGCUGGGGCGGUGCAAGGAAUUCCGGGUGAUUCUCCCUUGCGCCGAUCCCAGCUCUUCUUUCCCAACAACAUCCCUCUCGCCGAAGGCCAAGUCAUUCGUCAGCCAGCCUUCGGUAAACUGUUGGAUUCUCUGGCCCAAAAUGAAAACGGGGCCGAAGAAUUUUACAAGGGGAAAUCGGGCAUGAAACUGGUGAAUUUCUUGACAAAAGCGGGAGCCGACUGGACAAUGGAAGAGUUGGGAAAGUACCGAGCUCGAGAAGAAACCGCAAUAACUGGAACUUAUGGGAAAACCACUCUGUACACAAGUUCCGCUCCGACUUCAGGUCCCCAGCUCAUUUCGCUUCUCAAUAUCCUAUCGGGCUUUGGAUUGUCUGUCAGGGACUAUUUGACCCUAGGAUAUACACACGACAUGAUUGAAACUAUGAGGGUGACUCAAAACCAAGUUUCGAAAUUAGGUGACCCGUUGUUUGGAAAAGAUGUGGCGUCGGUUGUCGCUCAAAUGACCAAUAAAACACUGGCGGAUGAAGUGAGGAAGCAGAUCCACCCGAAUGUCAUCCUUCCCAACAGCGACGUGCCAUCAAUGCCGGAACCUGCCGCCUCAGUUGUUUCUGUGAUUGACAAUGAGGAGAUUUACGUCGCUGUCGUCAGCGGAUUGAAUUCCGUUUUCGGAGCCCAUCUGGUGACUCCCGAUGGUUACGUCUUGAAUAACGCCAUGGCCAGCUUCUACGACGACCCUUCUCUGCCGGACAAUGUGGGCGGUCAAGCCGGCCAACGUCCAUUGCAGGGCCUUUUACCGGUGAUUGCGACCGAGACGAAUGGGCGAUGCGGCACCCGGUUCGUCACAGGCUCGGCGGAUGCCACUCUACUCGCCCAGGUCGUCAUGAAUCUCCUCCAGUUCAAUCAAUCAGCCGCCGAUGCCAUCCGCUCCGCCAGAAUCCACUCCAAACCGCAGAGUUCUUCCCUCGAACUGGAAGAUAUGCCGCAAGCGAAGCUGCCUGAAAGUUUAAUCAAUUCACUGACCCAAAUGGGUCACACGAUCCUACUCCGUCCUCCGCCCUAUCCGUCCGUUAAUCUCGUGCUCAAGAGUGGCGAUGCCUUGUCUUCUCAAUCAGACGGCCGCGGUGGCGGCUACGCCGUAAAAUACGGCCCUUAAAUAACUGCCUUUUUUUUCUCAAAACGCUUCCAGCUUUUUAUGGAACAAGACUUUUUUUUUGCACGAAACAACUGCCUCUUAAUGUUUAAACCAUCCGGAAGAAUAAGAUCUGCGCACAACUUGUUUAACUCUGUUCUAACCUCCCCCCCGGUGGCGAUCAGUUCAGUUCAGCUCUGACAAAGAAUCAUCAGCAAUAAUUCAUUUUCUUUUUAUUAGGUCUUUUUGGAACGUCUUCCUUUUUUUAUCUUUUAUUGCCCGUUUGAUGUAGCCACACACAAGGCAAUAAAAAAAAUAUUAAGUUUCA